AUGUCUCUCCCUUUACUUUACCUUUUUAUAACCCAUUUAAUUAUUAAUUUUACGUUGAACAACGCCGAGGUUGUCAAGACGCAAACAAUAAAAGAUAGAGAUUUUGAAAUUAAGUAUGAACCGAAUAGCAGACACCUCUAUGUUAGCAGCCUUAAUAUGGAAAAGUGCAACAGCUACAACUAUUACGUAAAUCAGGAAUGCAAAAUAAUUCAUUCUCUCGAAAAAAUCGAUGAAAACAAUAGUGAAUUGUGUGUAAACAAAAACAAAUGUUUAUAUAUUUCGAAUUAUGUGUUCCAAAGUUUGGGUAUAGAAUCAGUUCCCGAACAAUACUUUUCCGAAUUAAAUACUUCCAUUGAUUCAGAUAUAGAAACAAAAGAAAAAUGCAAUAAAAAAGUUUACAUAAAUGAAAAAGUAAAAUGCAUAUGUUGUAUCAAAGAAAUAGAAAAUUCUGAAAUACAUAGCCUAGAGGGAGAAUUAAAUCCAAUACAAACAAAUAAAAAAGAUUUUUAUCCCUUUGACCAUUGUAAAUGCAUUUUAAAUUAUGAAAUAGAUCAUGAUAACAUUUUAAAUGUUAAUAAAUGCGAAAACUUCAUUUGUAACAACGGGUUUUGUACACUCCAAAUGGAUGGAGAACCAUUCUGCUCAUGCUCAGACAAUUACUAUUUCGACCAAAGCGUAAAUGCAUGCAUAAGACAUGAAGAUUUCGUAAUGAAUGAAGCAAACGAAUCAGUCAUCCAAGAGGAAAAAGAAGUGGGUAAUAAAUCCGAACGAUCCAUGGUAAAAAAGAACAAAACACAUCAAAUAGUAAAUGAAAAACAGAACGAUAAAAUAUAUGAUAAUCAGGUAAAUGAAAAAUCAAUUAAUUUAGAUAAUGAAAACCAUAAUUCUAUCCUCCCUAGUAUCGAUAAUAGAACACAUUAUUAUCAUGCACAAAACAUUCAAAGUAACCACAACAACAGGGACAUUAAUAAUGUACUUACCAAUGAAUGCCUAACAAAUCAAAUAAGAAAUAAACAGGGAAUUUGUGAAAACGUGGAUAACAGUUCAGUGAAGAAGAUUUGCUUUAGAGUAGAAUGUUUUGUUAACCCAAAUAAAUCAGAAUGCUUAUGUGUAGAUGAAAAUGGACAAAAAAUAGAAAAUGAUAUCUUCGACGUUUCACACAUAACAAUUUGCACACUUAACGGCAUAAACUGUGAUUACGGAACCUGUAUUAAUUCGUUAGAAAAAAAUGAAUUGGCAUGUAUUUGUGACAAAAAUUAUAAAUAUAACAGCUCUUUAAAAGUAUGUAUUGGAGACGCAUCAACAAGUCUUUUAAACUCGGUGCUCAUAAUCACGUUGUUUGUUAUAAUUGCAAGUGCCCUAUGA